AUGAACGAAGAAUUCUUUGGUGAAAAGCGCACCUCUCUCGGCGAGAGCGUGCGCACCUUUGAUGCCUUCCCAAAAACUCGAGCAACGUACACAACCCGCACCCCCCGCGGCGGCGCAAUCACCCUCCUCCUCCUGCUUACCAGCGCCUGCCUGACCCUCACGGAGCUGCGAAACUACCUGACGGGCAGCGAGUCGCACACAUUCAUGGUGGAGCCGGGCAUCGGGCACGACAUGCAGAUAAACCUCGACAUAACGGUGGCCAUGCCGUGCUCGAGCCUGCACCUGAAUGUGCAGGACGCGAUGCAGGACCGCAUACUGGCCGGGGAAUUGCUGUCGCGGGAGGAGGUGUGGUUCGACGAUGCGGGCGCGCACAAGCUCUACUCGGAGGGUGCGGAUGCGGAAACGGAGCGACGUUUGUUCUCCUCGUUGGUGGGGAAGGGCGCGGGCGAGGGUGGGGGGAGUUGCAGGAUUUAUGGGAGUAUGGGGGUUAAUCGGAUUCUGGGCGAUUUCCAUAUCACCGCCAAGGGGCAUGGGUAUUGGGAGGAUGGGGCGCACAUUGAUCAUCGGUCGUUCAACUUCUCCCACGUAAUCACCGAACUAUCAUUCGGCGACUAUUACCCGAAACUGGUGAACCCACUUGACGGGGUCGUCUCCAAAACCGACGAAAACUUCCACAAGUUUCAAUACUUCCUCUCCAUAGUCCCAACAACCUACGAAUCCCAAACAUCCGGGAAAUCACUCCUGACGAAUCAGUACGCCGUCACCGAGCAAUCCCGCAAAAUCUCUUCGCACUCCGUGCCCGGGAUUUACUUCAAGUACGAUAUUGAACCCAUCUCGCUCAAAAUUAGUGAUCGGAGGACGGCCUUGCUGGCCUUUGUUGUUAGACUAGUCAACAUUGUCAGCGGAAUACUAGUUGGUGGCGGGUGGGUUUAUGGCCUUUUUGGCACGCUUGCUGGGUACUUUCGUCGACAGAGGAGGACGACGGAUGGUAUGCUUAAUGGGAGGGCACUUGGAGAUGAGGAAUGAUGAUGGAAUGUAUGACGAUUGGGGGAAGGGUUCUUGUUUCUGUUAUUAAAUGGGAGUUUUGUGUUUCUUCUCCUUUUGUUUUUGGAGUGAAUCGAGUUACCAUGAAUUUCAAGGUUAUAAAACUUGGGUUAUAUCAUAAGGUAUGGGUGCUGGGGUAUAAAUUGAGUUUUUUUUUGCUUCCCUAUUCUCCUUUUUGGAUUGCUUGCUUUUGGAAUAAACAUUACUUUGAAGACUCU